CGCCAUGUUACGCAAGGACAUCGCACGACAACGAUCGCCCGCUGGGUGGCGCCGCAGGUCAAUGUCGCCCGUGGAAGUCGAGAGGCCGCCCUCCUCUGCGUUACUCCCCUCCUAAGAUGGCGCGGCUGUGCUCGUGUCGCGCUGUCACCGCGUCACCAGCUGCUGUGUGCUGAGGGUGGAGGGGAGGCGUCACAUUUUUGGUUGACCCGCGAUCUCCGCAACUCGCUCUGCGCACUCAACAGCGGGCGGCGGUGUCGAACGGACGCUCGCUUCGCCGAUUGAACAAACCAUUGGAUUGUAAUGAAUGAAUGAGUGAAUGGGAACACGACGUUGAUUACAUUCGUUACUUUGGUGAACGACGAGCCCGGCGUGUCAGCGGCGUGUCAGCGAGUCAGUCGAUCCAUUCAUUCAUUGAAACUGCCCCGUCCGCGGACGCGUGGACGAUGUCAAAAUCUGGCAGCGCUUACACAGGAGACCACCACCAUCAGACCGCCAGUCCAUUCGGUAAGCGUCCAUACUUGUCCGUGCCAGGCAAUGCCGAGGACGAGGUGCUGGAGGAGGAGGAGGAGGUGACCGGGGCUCGGGGGACUUCUAAAGGCCCGGAGCGCGGCCCCCUCAUGGCCCCGUCUCCAUCACCGACCCCGACCACGACCCCCGAGGCUCCGCCUGCCACCGGCUUGUCCUCUCGCCGAUGGCUGGUGCUGUUCGUCUUCAGCACCUACUCGCUGGCCAACGCCUUCCAGUGGAUCGAGUACAGCAUCGUGAGCAACAUCUUCGCGCGCUACUACGACGUGAGCCUGAUGUCUGUGGACUGGCUGUCGAUGAUCUACAUGCUGCUGUACGUGCCGCUCAUCUUCCCCGUGACGUGGAUGCUGGACCUCAAGGGCCUUCGCCUCAUCGCCGUGGUCGGCUCGGCCCUCAACUGCGUCGGGGCCUGGCUGAAGCUGGCCAGCGUGAGGCCGGACCACGCGGGCUUCGGGAUCACGAUGCUGGCGCAGGCCGUGUGCUCCGUGGGCCAGGUCUUCAUCCUGGGCAUGCCCUCACGCAUCGCCUCCGUGUGGUUCGGCCCCAGGGAGGUCUCCACCGCCUGUGCCGUAGCCGUCUUUGGCAACCAGCUUGGGGUGGCCAUUGGUUUCCUGGUUCCACCCCAGGUGAUUCCAAACGUGGAGGUGGCCUCGCUUGGCUACUACAUCAACAUCCUCUUCUAUGGCACAGCCGGCGUUUCCACACUACUGUUCCUGCUCGUUUUGCUUGUGUUCAAGGAGGGGCCUUCCUUGCCCCCAAGUCGGGCGCAGGCUUCGCUCCUCCUCGUGCCGCCCAUCGAGUACUCGUACAGGCGCUCCAUCGUCCACCUCGCACGGAGCAGGCCCUUCUGCCUUCUCGUCGUCACCUACGGCAUAAACACGGGAUCCUUCUACUCCAUGUCUACCCUCCUCAAUCAGAUGGUGAUUCGUCACUACCCGGGGAAUGAGGUGGCUGCUGGCUGGAUCGGUCUUACCAUCGUGCUGGCGGGGAUGCUGGGUUCCAUCAUCUGUGGCAUUUGGUUGGACCGCACCAAGACCUUUAAGCAGACAACGCUGACAGUCUACAUCUUGUCCUUCGUCUUCAUGGUGGUGUUCACCUUCACACUGGACCUGGGCUACAUGUGGUUGGUCUUUCUGACCGCUGGCCUGCUCGGGUUUUUCAUGACAGGCUACCUGCCUCUUGGUUUCGAGUUUGCCGCUGAGAUCACGUAUCCCGAGUCCGAGGGCACCUCCUCCGGGCUUCUCAACGCCUCUGCACAGAUCUUUGGCCUGAUCUUCACGCUGGUGCAAGGGAAGCUGACGACCUUGUACAGCCCGCUGGCAGGGAAUAUCUUUCUGUGUGCCUUCCUGCUGCUGGGGUGCGUCCUCACUGCACUUAUCAAGUCGGAUCUACGGAGGCAAAGUGCGAAUCUGGGUUUUGUGAAGGCGGAGACGAUAACUGGGACUCCGGAUGAAAAGCAUUCCAACGGGCUCUCGCCAAACACCUACUUGCCCGUCUCCUGCAACGAAGGUUCCUCUAUCUGAGCGCAGACCAGCGGAAGACCGGCGUGUGAACGUUUCGUGGCAAGCCUGCAUUUUUAUUCGGCGAUAAAGUUGCGCUUGUGGGUUGAUAUACGUGAAAGCAUCAUGUGGUUUUACACUUCAAAGGAAAGCUUUAAUAUCAAGUAUUAUGAGAAAAAACACCCCAAGGUGCUUUUCAGAUUUACUCAAUACGGUUGGAGAUGUUUGACUUUAAAGCAAUCAGUUGAGCUGAAUGAGCACAAUUUUUGGAUCGAAGUUUAUUUAUUUAUUUGUGACUUGCAGGUUUGUAGGUCGCACGUCCGAGCACCAUGCAUCCCCUUUAGGUUUGUGCGAAGCCAUUCCUGGGUCACACUUGACCUGGAAAAAAAAGCCUCCAAUGUUAGUCCACAGACAUUCAGACGCUGUUCCUAGGGUUGUACCUCCUGCUUAGUAGUGCAAAGGACGUAAUUCCACGUCUUGCGCUCCGUUAAGUUAAAUCCACUGUAUUAUUUUUUUAAGUACAGAAGCUUUUUUUGUAUUCCUUUAAACUUUGGAGUUGUCUUAGUUGAAGGAAUAACAAAAACGUUAAUUCUACUGUACACUUGCCACUUAGGCAUGUUCAUAUUGUUUAAAGCUGCAGAUUUUUCUUUCAUUUUUAGUAUACAUUCCUCAAUUCAUAAAUGUGCACUUUUUAUCCUGGAUUGUUGCUUGACACAGUGAGGAGGGCAUAAGCGUUUAGUUGACAUAUGUAGGAAGCACGGGCCUGCCUAGAUUUACAAAGAUUGACCAGAUAGAUGAAAUCAAUUAUGCGAACAUGAAGUUGACAUGCACACCAACCGACAUCCCGGCUUGUAUGGAUGAUGACGGUGAUGUCGAGUAACAAGUCUCAUUUUACAUUGAGGUGGUUGAGCCACAUCCGAGUCGGGAGUCGUGGAGGGCAUCGCUGUGAUGCUUCAAAAUCUCGGCAAGCUGGACUUAAGGAGGAGAAGUCUGUUUACGCUGAAAAGUCCAACUAGUUGCUGCAACAAUGAAAAUUAUUGCCGAUGAAUAUAAAAUCGUAAACAACCCUGUACAUCAUGAAAAUAACAACACUGUAAAGUGUGAGAAACACGUGUGAAAUGUAGUCUAAAUCAAUACAUUUACCUGUGUUUUCAAUGCUAGAUACAAAUUUCGUGAACAAAAACGAAUCCAAGAACUGUGUUUACAGUGUGAGUGCAGCACUCUGCUCAUUGUUGAGCUGUGUUGAUGCUCUCUGAGAAGAGAUCUAAUGAACACAAAAACGGAGUGGACUUAACAGAAUGAAAUACUAACGGGGAGUUGAGGAGUGGCACGAAGCGAGAGAGGCAGGGCUACUGAGACGGCUACACGGAGAUACCGCCGCCCACUGGGUGUGUGGACGCGCUGCACGUGUGGGUAGGAGCCAUCCAUUGAGUACGUACGCAUGGA